AUGCACAAUACCAACAACUUCAACCCCAACAGGUUCUUCCUCUCUGCUUCUCAUAGUACAGCUGUUAGCACAGCUGAAACAUUCACAACACCAACAGGUUCAUCCACAGCCCCAACAUCUAUUACUGGAACAUCCACCAGCAGUGAAGCAAUAACCACAACAGUGGUACAAUCAACAACUUCUACCUUGACUUCAGUCAGUUCCUCUUCACCAGCUGCUGACACAUCCACCACUAGUGCUACAACAGUCAUUCCUUCUACAGUCUCUACAGCGUCUACAGCUUCUACAGUGUCAUCCACAUCUGCUCAGUUUACUGCAUCUACAGUAGCAUCAACAGAGUCUACAACAUCUACAGAGUCUACAGUUUCUACAGCAAUUACAGAGUCUACAGCUUCUACAGAUUCUACAGUGUCUAUAGCUUCUACAGUGUCAUCCACAUUUGCUCAGUCUACAGCGCCUACAGCAUCUACAGAGUCUACAGCCUCUACAAAGUCUACAGCUUCUGCAGCAUCUACAGAGCCUACAGCUUCUACAUUGUCUACAGCUUCUACAGUGUCAUCCACAUCUGCUCAGUCUACAGCCUCUACAGAUUCUAUAGCUUCUACAGCAUCUACAGCUUCUACAGUGUCAUCCACAUCUGCUCAGUCUACAGCAUCUACAUAUUCUAUAGCUUUUACAGCAUCUACAGAGUCUACAGCUUCUACAGCAUCUACAGUCUCUACAACAUCUACAACUUCUACAGCAACUACUGCACAAACAGUACCUGAGGUGCUAACAGAUCUGGAGUUUCGUUCUUUGGACACAUUUAUAGAUGCAUUCAGCAAUAGCAGCACUGUGGAAUUCAAGGACAGGUCUAAGCUUGUCAAAGAUGAGCUUGAGCCCAUCUACAAAAUCAAGUAUGCUAACUUCCUCAGAGUGAUUGUCCUAGGAUUCAGACGAGGGUCAAUCAUCACAUCAACACAUCUAGCUUUCAGCUUAAAUCAAACUAUCCCAACUGUUGAAGAGAUUUCAAACACCCUCUUGACAGCAGUGGGAACCGGAGAUGUCAAUCUAUUGAACAUAAUUCCUCAAUCAAUUUCAGUCAAUGGUUCAGCUUCAGCUACCACUGUCACUCCUGCAGCAACCACAGCAACUAUAGCUUCAGGUGGAUUAAAGAUUGAAUCCAGUCUGCUCCAAGCAACAUGCCUCAUUAUUAUGUCUAAAAUAUUAAGGCUUUUCCUAUAGAUCCCUUAAACAUAUAUCAAACAAAUAUGAGAGUUCAAUAAUAAACGCUAUAACAAAUAAUUAAACAACAAAUGUAUUUAUUAUUAUUACAUGGUAUACUGGUACAACAUUCUUCCCAUUGCAGCACACUCUGAAAUAAUGGUAUAGAGUAAUAUAAAGAUACGUUUGAUGAUGCAUUGUUCCUCAAGAAUAUAAUUGCAGAUAUUUGUUUAACAGCAGGCUGUUCUGGGAGGGAGAAGUGGAUCUUUUUCCUCAUGCAUUUCCAAAUGUAUGUUUUCAAAUGUAAACAUUGUAAUUGCUGUUUAACUGUUUUGAGGUUAAAUACUGGUCAUACUU